AAAAAGGAAUAAAAUGAAAUUGGAUGAAUAAAGGACAGGGAGAAAAAGGAGGAGAGAAUUUAAUCGAAUUGGAAUAAUAAUAUUUAUAUUUAUAAUUGUAUAUAAUAUAUAUACAUACAUUUUGCUAAAAGAUUUUUUUUGCUAAUUUGAUUCCUCCAUUUCAAUUCUCUCGCUCACAUUUCUUUUUCUUUCUUUCUUUCUUCUUCUUUCCCUUCAAAUUACAUCGAAAUUUCCUCUGAUCACUUGUCUUUUUCUUUUUUCUUCUGUUUUCUUUUUCCGUGUUGAUGUGAUUCGUGUUGAGGAAUCAAAAUUUUUGUUUUUGUUUUUUGUAUUUUGAUAGUUUUUUUAUUUAUUUCUUUGUUGAGUUUUGAUUGUUGAUUGCAAGCUAAAAACCAAAAAAAACAAAAAAAAAAAAAGAAAAAAAAAUUGAUAGAAAUUGCGUGUGUUACCGAUGCCUGAUAAUAGUAAUAAUAAUAAUAGUAAUAGGCAGGUAAAGAGCAAUGCUGUCUCAAAUCAAUCCCCUGAUAACAUUGAAGAAGCAAUUUGGCGAUUAAAAAUCCAUGAUAAUCAAGAACAAGGCGGUAUGGCUCCAUCAAGCCCAUACCCAGAUCGUCCUGGAGAGCCAGACUGUGUAUAUUAUCUGAGGACUGGAUUAUGUGGUUAUGGAAACAAUUGUCGUUUUAAUCAUCCUCCUUAUGCUGCACAGGGUAAUCAAUUUAAAGAAGAGCUUCCAGAAAGAGUUGGGCAACCUGACUGUGGGUAUUACUUAAAGACGGGGACCUGCAAGUAUGGAUCGACAUGUAAAUAUCAUCACCCAAGGGAUAGAAAUGGUGCAGGACCAGUCUCAUUUAACAUUGUAGGUCUUCCUAUGCGUCAGGAUGAAAAAUCAUGUCCUUAUUAUAUGCGGACUGGAUCAUGUAAAUUUGGAGUUGCAUGCAAGUUCCACCAUCCCCAGCCUGCACCACUUGGAACUGGCUUGCCGUUCACUGGACCAGCAGCCUCCGGACCUAUGGCGUCAUCAAAUUUACCUUCAUCCGGUCUACCUUAUGUAGGUGGACUGCCGACAUGGUCAUUACCAAGGGCACCAUAUGUCUCUGGCCCUCGUCUGCAAGGUCCGCAGACAUAUAUGCCCGCUGUUCUUUCUCCUUCUCAGGGUGUUGUUGCGGCACAAGGCUGGAACACCUAUGUGGGGAAUUUGAGCCCCAUGUCUUCUGCCAGUGUUCUGGGAUCCAGUAUUGUAUACAACUCUAGGAAUCAAAGUGAAUCAGGAUCUAGUGGACAAGUACAUAUGUUAUCAACAACCAGCUCUAAUCUUCCUGAGAGACCUGAUCAACCAGAAUGCCGAUAUUUUAUGAACACUGGGACCUGCAAAUAUGGAUCUGACUGCAAGUACCAUCACCCAAAAGAAAGAAUUGCACAACUAGCAACAAAUUCUAUUGGCCCAGUUGGUCUUCCCUCUAGACCUGGGCAGCCUAUAUGUUCAAACUACAGUAUGUAUGGACUCUGUAAAUUUGGCCCAACUUGCAGAUUUGAUCAUCCUUUCACAGGAUAUCCUUAUGGCUACAGCUUGAGCUUGCAGCCCCUAUCUAUAAUUGAUUCAUCUCUCUUGAGUUAUCCAAGAAUGUCUCCGCCUGCUCUUUCAUCUGAAAGUCCUAUCUCCCUAUCAUCAAAAUUUCCUGAUUGGGUGCAGAAUCCUGAUGGUGCAAGCAGCAAACAUCAGAAUUCAGAUAGAAAUACUAAGAUCUCUGAUGAUCAGCCUGAACAGGCUGGUUCUCCACCGCCGCACUCCUCGCAGGCUUCUUCAGAACCAUCACACGAUUAAUUUUGAUUUGGUUGAGAUCACUCCUGUUUGUCUUUUGUUGAUACUUUUUGAUAUUUGGUACUUCUAAAGGAGAUUUUUGCAACAUUUUACCUCCUGCCCCCCUUAUUUUCACCUGUGGUUCUCCGGUGUGUGAUAGGUCGUCUUGAAAUCAAAUGCGAUGAGCAAAAUCUCCGGGGGGGUGAUGGAGCAAUUUUUUGUUGUGAAUAAAAUGCAGGUGAAAAUUUGUAAUAUUCUUGGAUAUAUUCUCCCCUCGAAUGAUAUCUGUUUGUGAUGAUAAAGAUUGUCUUAGACUUGUUCUUGCUAUUA